AUUGUAAAGCAAUUUGUAGUAUUUUAUUAACUGGAUUUAACUACAUACUAAUUAAUAGAAUUAAUACAAUAAGGAAAUAUAUUUUAAUCCUACUGGACUGGUAAUAUCUUCUGCGACUGGGAAUGUCCACAUCCAUUGUAUCUUACCCUGUACGAGAAAUAGUUAUUACAACACGACAAACACAAAACAUUUCUCUCACGGAAACGCCCGCCUGGCGACUAAGUCUCUGAUAUUCAUUCUCAUUGUCAUAUCCGUAUGCUAUUCUCCCACAAAUUUGGCGCAGAAAAAGAAAGGGUUUCCAACGUUUUUUAGGUAAUGGAGAGUUUCCUCAACACCAAAUGGAUAGCCACAACCGCCAGCAUAUGGAUCCAGUGUACCAGCGGUGCAUCCUACACCUUCGGCAUCUACUCUUCCAUCCUCAAAUCAUCCCAAUCCUACGACCAAUCAACUCUCGACACCGUUUCCGUCUUCAAAGACAUAGGCGCCAACGUUGGCAUCCUCUCUGGCCUCCUCUACUCCACCGCAACCACCACCCGCCGUUGCGGCCACCGUAGGGGCCCCUGGGUAGUCCAUGUGGCUGGGGCCAUCCAGUGCUUUAUUGGGUAUUUCCUCAUGUGGGCGUCCGUGGUUGGGUUGAUCAGCCGCCCGCCCGUGCCGUUGAUGUGCUUGUUCAUGCUGCUGGCCGCUCAUGCCCAAACGUUUUUUAAUACGGCGAACGUGGUUAGUGGCGUCGAAAAUUUUCAGGAUUUUAGUGGGACCAUUGUGGGGAUUAUGAAGGGGUUUCUUGGUUUGAGUGGAGCAAUUCUAAUUCAAGUUUAUGACACCUUAUGCGAGGGUGAUCCAACCACUUUCAUUUUGAUCCUUGCAAUCAUACCAACUGUGGUCUCCCUCUUGCUCACGCCUUGGGUAAAAAUCUACAGAACUAGCACAGUUGAUGACAAGAAGCACUUGAAUCGUUUCUCUACCAUUGCUUUGAUCGUUGCUGCUUAUCUAAUGGUCAUUAUAAUAUUGGAGAACAUCUUUACUUUAGCAUUAUGGGCGCGGGCCAUUACCUUCAUGAUUCUACUGCUUUUACUUGCUUCACCUGUUGGAAUAGCAACCAAAGCCCAUAGGGAUACUGCGAGACUACUACAUGCGCCUUCACCUGAAACAAGUCCUUUAAUGGAUGACCCUGAGCCAAUGCCAUCAACCAAAUAUUCUGAAGUUGAAGAUCCUGUGGAGUACCACAAGAUCCCUGGUGAAGCAAGCCAAGCAAAGGCGGCUUCUUCUUCUGGUGACAAUUUACUGGAGGAUGAAGAAGAAGAAGAAGAAGAAGAAGAAGACAUCAACCUCUUGCGAGCAAUGCUUACUGUGAACUUCUGGUUGUUGUUCAUUGCUAUGGUAUGUGGAAUGGGUUCAGGUCUAGCCACAAUAAACAACAUCAGUCAAAUAGGCGAAUCUCUUGGUUACACAACCACUGAGAGAAGUUCUUUGGUUGCUUUAUGGAGCAUAUGGAAUUUUCUUGGGCGAUUUGGAGCAGGGUUUGUGUCAGAUAUAUUCCUAAACAAAGGUUGGGCAAGGCCAUUGUUCAUUGUCAUUACUCUAGCAACAUUGACAUUUGGCCACUUGAUUGUUGCUUCUGGUUUCCCUGGAAAUUUGUAUAUAGGCUCAAUCUUGGUAGGCAUUUGUUAUGGUUCACAGUGGUCUUUGAUGCCUACCAUCACUUCUGAGAUCUUUGGUGUUAGGCACAUGGGUACCAUUUUCAACACCAUUGCCAUCGCUAGCCCUGUUGGAUCUUAUAUUUUCUCUGUGAGAAUCAUUGGGUAUCUUUAUGACAAGGUGGCAACUGGUGAAGAUAGCACUUGCUACGGCACUCGCUGUUUCAUGUUAUCAUUUUUCAUCAUGGCAUCGGUCGCUUUCUUGGGCUUCCUUAUUGCAUUUGUAUUGUUCAUCCGGACAAGGAGGUUUUAUAGUCGGCUUGUGCUUAGAAGAUUAAGGCGUUUGUCACGAUCAUGAGAAUCAGUCAGUAAAGCUUUGAAUGGAGAGGCAGGAGAAGAUUGGAGAUUCUCCCUUAAUUUCCUUCCGCUUGUGAUAUGUAUAUGAUUAAGUUGAUUAUUCUUUUGUCUGUUGGCAUUUUAUUAUGUGAUUCCUCUAUUUUUCU